AUGGCAGUUCCUGAUACUGUGAAUUUGCGUAACCUUUCGGGAACGUAUAACCUUAACAAGACUCUGUCAGAUUCAACCGAUGCAGCCCUUCAGAUGCAAGGCAUAGGCUGGCUCGUCCGUCAAGCCGUCAAGUUCUCAAACGUCACGCUCAUUGUCAAGCAGUUCGUGGAUGAGAACGGCCUCGUGCAUGUAGACAAUGAACAGAUCACAACUGGAAACAUCCGCAACCUCGAGGAGCGUAUAGUGGACUACCAGUGCCGUGAGAAAAACGACAGGAUCUUUGGGAAGGUUAAUGGUCGCUCGCGCUAUGUCAAGCUGGGUGAAGUAGAGACCGAAUAUCUCAAGCAAGGCUGGGACGAAAAGUUUCUGGCCGAUGGGGAUGGUCAGGUUAUUCAGGUCUUUGUGGACAGUGUAGGCAAGAAUCCCAACUGGGCAGCAGAACAAGUAUGGGGCUUCGAGGUAGUGGAUGGGCAGAAGCGACACACGAGACGUAUCGUCGUCAGAAAGGGCAAGGAGGAACACAACAUUAGAUUGGUCUACGACUGGGUUGUGGAGAAGGACGAAGACGCCGAUCUGACUUAUUGA